AUGUGGAACCCGGAGAGGUGGAUGGCCAAACGUAAGGGACUUGAGCUUCCUCAGAUUCUGGUAUCCGUGAGGGUCCUAGAACCAGUCCCCCACAGAACUGAGGACGACUUUUUACUUUAUUCAUUAGUGACUAAUCUAAUCUUUUUUCACUUUUUGAUAGUGGACAGGCCAAAAUCUCAUCAAGUUCGAACCUCUGGUACAAUAAGGCGAACCUCUUCUUUGGAUACGAUAACAGGACCUUAUCUCACAGGACAGUGGCCACGAGAUCCUCAUGUUCAUUACCCUUCAUGCAUGAAAGAUAAAGCUACUCAGACACCUAGCUGUUGGGUAGAAGAAGGCACAGAAAAGAGAUCACAUCAGCGUUCUGCAUCAUGGGGGAGUGCUGAUCAACUAAAAGAGCAGAUUGCCAAACUGAGGCAGCAACUACAACGUAGUAAGCAGAGCAGUCGGCACAGUAAGGAGAAGGAUCGUCAGUCACCUCUCCAUGGCAACCACAUAGCAAUCAAUCAUACUCAGUCUACUGGAUCAAGAUCAGUCCCUAUGCCACUGUCAAAUGUAUCAGUGCCAAAAUCAUCUGUUUCACGUGUGCCCUGCAAUGUAGAAGGAAUAAGUCCUGAAUUAGAAAAGGUAUUCAUUAAAGAAAAUAACGGGAAAGAGGAAGUGUCCAAGCCUGUGGAUAUCCCGGAUGGUCGGAGAGCCCCGCUCCCUGCUCACUACCGGAGCAGCAGCACGCGCAGCAUCGACACGCAGACCCCCUCUGUGCAGGAGCGCAGCAGCAGUUGCAGCAGUCACUCACCCUGUGUCUCCCCCUUCUGCCCCCCGGAAUCCCAGGAUGGUAGCCCUUGCUCAACAGAGGAUUUACUCUAUGAUCGUGAUAAAGACAGUGGGAGUAGCUCACCGUUACCCAAGUAUGCUUCAUCUCCCAAACCAAACAACAGCUACAUGUUCAAACGGGAGCCCCCAGAGGGAUGUGAGCGAGUGAAGGUCUUUGAGGAAAUGGCGUCUCGCCAGCCUAUCGCAGCCCCUCUCUUUUCAUGUCCUGACAAAAACAAGGUUAAUUUCAUCCCAACCGGAUCAGCUUUCUGUCCUGUAAAACUUCUAGGCCCUCUCCUACCUGCCUCUGACCUGAUGCUCAAGAACUCUCCUAACUCUGGCCAGAGCUCAGCUCUGGCCACCCUGACCGUCGAGCAGCUCUCCUCCCGGGUUUCCUUUACGUCUCUUUCUGAUGGCACCAGCGUGACGAGCUCCACAGAGACCUCAGUCCAACAGCCAUCCCCGCAGCCACAGCAGCUCCUGCAGGAACUGCAGGGUGAGGAGCACAUCUCCGCUCAGAACUACGUGAUCAUCUAAAGCAGAGGGGGAGCUGGCCUCUACCCUGUGUUCCCUGGAUUAGGAACUAGAUCUCAGACAUCUAUCUGCAUGGAGUGACAAACUUCCUGACACCACCACCACCACCAGAACACUUAUCAGCAUCACAAAGUAUCUCUUAACACUGAUCUUGGCAGGGACGGAACUCCUAUUCAGCAGUUUUUGUGGAAAGCAGUAAUGCUUGCAAAAAUGUGUGUAUCAUUCAGCAUUUUAAGUGGAGACUAUGCAUUUCAUAGUAUGUUUGACAGAUUAGUACUGUGUCCUGUGUUUUGUUCCAAACUCUUCAGUAUAAAUAAGCUCUAUAUCAGAAAGUUGCCUGUCUAAAUAGAAAAUGUCUUGCUGUGUUUUGUCCUAUGGAAAAAUACUGUACUUCAGAAUUAUGUUUACAAUUGAUCCAGGUGUUUGUUUCUAACUUCUGUAAUACAUACAAUGCAAAAAAAAUAAAUAAAUAAAUGGCCACAACAGUUGCACAGUGCCCACCCUAUGGCCUAGCUUCAGGUACUUCAGUUGAAGUCUAAACUCAGGUAACUUGGAAUGUAUAUCAUAUUGGGAUAUUAACUAUUUCACAGCUAAAAAGCUAAAGAGGGAACAUCACUCUUUUGCCUUUUCUUAUUUUAUGCAUUUCCCUUUCCUCAUUACAUUCCACAUUCUUAGAAUAAGAAGUGCAUUCAACCCUAGGAGAACAGAAAUCCUGGACAUGGGUGAAACAUGAGGAGAACCAGCAAAUCUGUGGUGUCUGACAUCACUUUUGUCAUGUGGUUACACGUAAAACAACUAUUGCAUUCACUGUUUCAACAUGUGUAAAUGUGGCUUUAUUUUGUUUUUUUUUAACAAGUUCAGGUGUUGCUCAGUUAAUGACUGAUAACAAUGUUGCAAAUAAAAUGUCCAGUACUAGGCUGUACAAAAACAUUCCACCUUGUGUGUGUGGAAUUUAAAGACAAGAAUGUCUAGGUCUAAUUUCAGGACCAGUGCAGUUUCACAGGGGGAUGGCUGAGGUUAUUUUGUUUAUAUUGGCCAUGAGGGUCAUGAAAUGCUACUGUUCUAUCAAAAGGCAUGUUAAUGUUUGGUUUCUCUUUUGGAAAUUCUUUAAUUUGCAUGUUAAGAAAUGACACACUUUUGGUUAUUGUUUUCCUCGAGCAGUUCAGGUGCAUGAGUUGCAUUCACACAGAGAGAGCAUAUGUGAGUCUCAGAAUUCAACAUAAGUAAGCAGGUUAUGUGGUGACUUACAAAUGCAGUAGUUUGAAGCUGUCUCAUUCAAGCCUCUCAUAAUAAUACCAUGAACAGUUCUGCUCACAUUUUGGAUGCACUAAGUAGAGCAUAAACCCAAGUAAAGAGCCCUGAACUUGCAGACUCAACCUAACUUCUCUAAGUGUGAAGAGAGCCCUAGAUAUUCCUGAUUGGUCAGUGGAAGAGCCCAACUUCAGACAUUGUUUUCUGCAGCACAAAGAGAGUAUUCAAAAGCAAAGGGAAGUUUCUGUAUUUUUAUUCCAUUGCUUUCAGUUCAAUAAAACAGUUGUUUCAUCUGCACCUGAAGUGUAUGGCACAGUUUUCUUAAGAAUUAGGGGAACAAGGUGCUUACAGUUACAGGAACGUUUCAGUUCCUUUCAGUCAUUCCUGGGUUUUUCUUUGUUUUAUUUUCUAAGGAGGUUGAGGAAGGAAGAGUUGAUAAAGAAGAAAGCAACACCAUUGAUUUUUUUUUUUUUAAAGAAAUGAUAUAUAUAUGUGUGUAUAUGUUUGUGUGUGUAUGUGUUCUGUGUAUUAUUUUGUCAUGAUCCCAAUUAUCUUCUUUCCACCAAAGUUUGCAGUAAUAUUCUCUCCUGAAGGUGCAUUCUGGCUCCUUUAAAUUAGUCAGUGUUAUAUUGUAGGAGACUGUCAUGGGAAAGGACUCAGUUUACUUUCGCCAUUUUCACAGGGGAACCUUUUAAAACAAUCUAUUCAGCAGAAGACACCUUUAACCCUAAUAAUCUCAGGCCUUGAUGAAAAUACUAUAUUUUGUAGAUUAUGGUUAAAGGGAGAAAAUAUUAGUUCUGUAAGAUAAAUAUGAGCUCCAUUAACUUCUGAUAUCUGGUUUAGCAUUACAUAAUGUGUUGAUCUUAUGCUCUGCUUUUGUCCAAAUAAGAUGCAAUAGUAUCAAUAUCAGUUUCUGAACGAUGGACUGAAUAUGCUUUUUUUGGUAAUGAAAUCUGAUGUACGAUACUUAUAGUGACAUGUGCUUUUAUUUUCUCAUGAGAAAACUAAAUAUUAAUUGUGUUGUACAUUUGUUCUUAGCAUAUAUUAAAGUUUUGAACCAAAUGUGUUAAAGCUUAUGCUUUGCCAUGUAAAUUUCCCAGAAGUUGUUGAGCUCAAAUGUAUCCUACAUCCAGCUGUAGAAAUUUGUCAGAAAUUGUUUAAAUUUUGUAUAUAGUUGUACUGUUUAAUUCUAGCCACUGCGCUGAACAGUAUUCGAGUUACCAUACAAUAUGGCUUUACACAAGGAAAUGUGUGGCUUUUGUUUUGUAUUUUUUCAGUAUAGAAGUUCCUGUGUCUUCUUAUUUAAAUAAAGUUAUUAGUAAAACUGGAA